GCCAAAUUAAUUUCAUCAUUUAUCCUUCUUCAUGAAUUUUUUUUUACUCCUUGCAUUUAUAUGUGGAUUUUUCUAUACUACAAGAUCAGAAAAUAAAUAUGGAUCGCGGGCUAUUCAAAUUGUAGAUUAUAUCAAUAAUCUUAAUACCACCUGGAAGGCAAGUGAUGUUCCAAAUUUUCAAAGUUGGGACUAUGAUCUUAUUAAGGGAUUAAUGGGAGUCAAAUUAAAUGCUACAACUUCCAAAUUAUUUAACAUGGAAGUUCAAUUUCAUGAUCAAGAUAAAAUGCAGUUGCCAGAGGAAUUUGAUAGUAGAACACAAUGGCCAAAUUGUCCAACACUUCAGGAGGUUAGAGAUCAAGGUGCUUGUGGAUCAUGUUGGGCCUUCGGGGCCGUGGAGGCUAUGUCGGAUAGGAUCUGCAUUAACAGUAACGGAGCCGUGAAUGCCCACAUUUCCGCCGAAGAUUUGCUCACCUGUUGCAACGAUUGUGGAAUGGGAUGUAACGGAGGUCAUCCGGGUAUAGCUUGGAACUAUUAUCAGAAACACGGCUUGGUGACCGGGGGCCAGUUUGGAUCUGAUCAAGGUUGCCUACCUUACGAAAUACAGCAUUGCGAUCACCACACCAAGGGCAUUUACGAACCGUGUGGGAAAACGGUAAAAACUCCGAAAUGCGUUACGAUGUGCGAAAGCAACUAUAACUUAACAUACAAAGAUGACAAGCAUUUUGCUAAAAAAGUAUAUUCUGUGCAUUCCGAUCCUAAACAGAUACAAUCAGAAAUUAUGUUAUACGGACCAGUAGAGGCUGCCUUAUCUAUUUACGAGGAUUUCUUGCAAUAUAAAUCAGGAGUUUAUAAACACGAAACCGGGGGUUUUAUGGGCGGCCACGCUAUAAAAAUUAUAGGAUGGGGCGUGGAUAAAGAGACUCCCUAUUGGUUGGCCGUUAAUAGCUGGAACGCGGAUUGGGGUGACAAAGGAUUUUUUAAGAUUUUAAGAGGGAAAGAUGAAUGCGGAAUCGAAUCAAUGAUAUACGCCGGCUUCCCUAACAAUGAAAAGCUGUUGGCUAAGAAAAAUCGUAAUAUAAAAAUUAUAGACCAUUUCAUGGCUAAAGCUUAUUCACGGGAUGAAAGUGCGGACAAGUUCGAUAAUUAUAUCCAGCAGCCUUUUGAAACUCAGAUCGAAGAACAAUUCCUUAUUUUAGAACAAUUCCUUAAAAAUAAUAUCCCCUGACAAAAUUUAUAUAUGUUAUUUUUCUUCACCUUUUUAAAUAGGAACUUUAUUUAUUCCUAUAAACAAAUUUUUUUUAUGAAACAAAUUAUACCCUUAUUUUUUUUUAGAUAUGUUCUUUAAUUACUCUCUAAUAUAUAUAUUAUGCAGAUAUAUUUUUUUUUCAUUAUAUUAUAUUAUAUUUUACCCUUUGUAAUUUCCCCGUGGUAUAUAUAUA